GCUGGUGACCUGUUAAUGGGCGUUUUAAGGGAGGCAGUGAGUGUGGGGGCGUGCGGCACUAGUUGUUGGCGCGGAGGAGUCCAUUGGGUCAGUGUGUGGUGCGGCCCUGAGGUGUCCGUGGCGCGUCUUGUUGUGAGAGUUGGAAAUACGUCAUUUUUACCCUCUGUAGCGCCUCUCCCUUGGUGUGAGUGGAGUGAGCGUGGCUACAAUGUUGUGGAGCAGAGUGCUGGUGCCGCCAUAACACUUCCGGUGCAGCAGGACUCGGCAGUACUACCUGAGCUGCCCCUGCCUUCUUCCUCGGUGGGCCUCGGGGACUCCCGGUCUCUGCUUUUUCAUCCGAGAGUAGCUGAGGAGGCACAGCGGCUCCUCGCGUGCCAAGACCCAGACCUGGUGCAGCAGCUGGCCAACUCCCUCGCCCGCACCCACGCCGACCAUAUACAGCUGAAGGAGCAGUAUGCUGGCACGGAACAUGCUGUGGAGGUGAAGACAGCACCACCACUGCUUGAGGGAAUCCUGCGCUGCAAACCAGCUGUGUUUACUGGCAAACCAGCAGGAGGCAGUGAAGCAGUAGGAGGAGUGAGCAUCAAGACUGAGGCAGGAGUUCCCCCAGUCCAGAACAGCGUGCUGGCCAAGGCGGCCAAGCAUAUCAACAAUGUGUCAGUGAUCCAGUGUGGCCCGGCACUGGCUAAUGCUGCCCAAGUCAAGGUGAAGAGUGAGCCUGGGGGUCAGGAUCCCCCGACACCCCCACCAGGUGAGCCCACUGCCCACCUCCCCCAGGGAGUCCCAGCGGAGAAGGCCCUUGCCAAACCCAGCCCCGAGGAGGUCAAGGCCGUGGCAGGUCAGAAGGAGCUGGAGGGCCGACUGAAGUCCCAGGUGGAGGAGUCGCUUGGCCAGCUCCCGGCAGACACAAGGGACGCCAGCAAGCAGGAGAAGAAACCAGACGUGUGGCUGGCCAAUGUGGUGCCCGACAAGGAGAAGGAAGCCCCUAACCACACCCAGGACUCCAAGAGUAAAGCAAGCAAGGACCAUGCCACAUAUCCUGUGGGGAAGAUGAAGGAGCCAGUAGUGGUUCUCAACAAGCUCUCCUCGGAGGAGCUUAAGUCAGUGUCGUGCAUCCCCAAGCUGUCAGGGGUUGGUAGUAAUGUCAAGACUGACAGCUAUGUGGACAGCUCCAAGAACAACAGCAGCAGCUCCAGGAGGUCUCGGGGCUCCCGGGAAGCCAGCAAGUACAAAGAGGUGAGCUCGGAAUCAGAAUCUGAGGAGGAGGACAAGAAGAAGCCAACCAAGUACUUCAAGAACCGGGAGAGGGAGAGGGAAGAAAAGCGGCGGAAAGAUAAAGCUGAUCGGAAACGCAACAGGAUUGCCUCUGAUGAUGAGGAAUACAACCCAGACCAGGAGGCAAAGAAGAGGAGGAAGGGAGGCCAUCAGGAGGAGGACGACGAUGAUGAGGAAGGGGAGGACUCGGAGGGUGAGGGAGCAGCAUCUAAGCAGCAGAGCAACAGGAGAGCACCAGCUGCCCCCCUGCCCAAGAAGUCAUACACCAACAAGCGUAUUGAGCGCAAGCUGGUGGGUCCCACGGAGAAGCUGUCCUCUGAGGAGCUGAUGGAGAGUGGUGUGUACCAGAGGUUCAACCGCGCUGUGGAGAAGAUCUUUGACAACACUGAGGAUCUGGAUGUCAACGCUGAGAUUGAAGAGGAUGGGGACGUCCCUCAGGAAUACCUCAUUCCCAAGUAUGAGCUGACGGAUCUGUGCUCUGAGACGGCCAAGCUCAAGAGCCUUGGGGCCAUGGCCAUUGUGCCACCUGAAAGGCUGGUCAGGCUCCUCAACAUCCUGGAGAAGAACAUCCGUGACGGGGCCAAGGUGACACCUAUCGUGGACGAGCAGGAGGAUGAUGAGGAUGACAAGCUGUGGAUGGAGCUGGUGAUGGAGCGCAUCCUGCGGGGCAUGGAUGCCUCCCUCACGGCCAUGUACAUCAUGACCGCACCUAACAUGAGCAAGCGGGUCUACUUGGAGGAUGUCAUUGAGCGCUGUGUCCAGUUCACCAAGUUCCAGCUCUCCAACACCAUAUACCCCUCUUUUGACCCUGUGUACAGGGUGGACAGUAAAAAAGAUGGAUAUGUGGGCAACAUGAAGAGGAAGCGAGCGCAGUGUAAGGAUGUGAGGAACAGGAGCAUUCUGGGUCUGUACAACAAGCUGCAUGAGGUUGUGGGCUUGCUGGCAGAUCUGCUCAGCAUACAGACCCUCACUGACACCACCGUGCUGCAGCUCUCAACGCUUGGGGUUUGCCCGUUUUUUGUUGAGAAUGUGUCUGAACUUCAGUUAUCAGCCCUCAGGCUGGUCACCAAGGUGUUUGCCAAGUACAACAAGCACCGCCGUUUACUGCUGGAUGACAUUCUGGCAUCUAUAGCACGCUUGCCCAAUAGCAAGCGUAGUUUGAGAACUUACCGAUUAAACUCUGAUGAGAAUGUGCAGAUGUUGACAGCCUUAGUGUUACAGUUGAUACAGUGUGUGGUGGAACUCCCCGAGGAGCUGGCACAGGGUAGAGGUAGUAAAAGUGCAACCAGUGAGAGUGUCAAUAGUCAGAAUCCCAAAGAUAGAGACGCCAAAGUGCCCGAGGCGCGGAAAGAGUCGACAAUGGACCGUGAAGUGCUGGUGUGCAGCCGGUAUGAGACGGCCAUGAGCACCGCUUACAGCUUUCUCUCAGUGUUCCUGCAGAAAACAGGAAGCAAGAGUGAGGAGAUAGACUACCGCCCACUCUUUGAAAACUUUGUUCAGGACCUCCUGGCCACAGUAAACAAACCUGAGUGGCCGGCUGCCGAGCUGCUCCUCUCCCUUCUUGGCAAGCUUCUAGUACAAAAAUUCUGCAACAAGAACACAGACAUGGCCCUGCGCGUGUCCUCUUUAGACUGCCUGGGUGUGGUGGCUGCCAAGCUGCGCCGUGAUGCCGUCUCCUCGCACCUGGAGCUGGAGAACAUUGACGCCAUCAUCCGGGAGGUGAAGGAGGAGGAGAACCGGGAUGCCCCCAUGUUGGAGGAUGGCUCCCCUCCCACUGAGAAUGGCACGGCCAGUGGGGGGUCUGGCAAAAAGAACAAGAAGAAGAAGAGCAGUGCGGAGAAGCUGCGAGAUAGUGAGGGUGGGCCGUAUGACGAGGAGGAGGAGCGCACCAUGUUCCUCCAGCGGGUGCUCCUCGACUGGCUGGCCGUCAACUCCAGCAGUGAGCCGGCUCUCCUCCAUGCCCGGCACUUCUGCAUUGGCCAGUGGUACCGGGAGGCCUACACUGAGAUUAUGAGGCAGAAGCAAGGGCUGCUGCCUCAGCCCAGUGGCAGUAAGUCUGGCAGCCACAACAAGAGGAAGAGAAAGAGAAAAGGUGACAGUGAGGACGAGACCAGUGAGGAUUCAGAUGACGAUGAGGAAGAAGGCGGAAAGAAAGGGGGAGGGCAGGUGGACGAGGCCUUGGCGGCUGAGGUGACUCAGCUAGCUGAAAAGAGGAAGACUUUUCUCCUGACUAAGGUCCCUGCCUUCCCCCCAGCCUCCCCUGGUGCCAAGACCCAGACUCUGCAGACCCACAUCGGCUAUGCCAACGCUGAACUCAUCACCAAAUACCUGGCCUCCAAAAGACCGUUCUCGCAGAGCUUUGACCUUUAUCUCAAGCAGAUCCUGCGAGUGUUGACCGAGUCUGCCAUUGCUGUGCGCACCAAGGCCAUGAAGUGCCUGACCAUGGUGGUGGAGGCUGACCCUGGAGUGUUGUCAAGGAAGGAUAUGCAACUUGGGGUGCACCACUCCUUCCUGGACCACUCCACCUCUGUCAGGGAAGCUGCUGUCGACUUGGUGGGCAAGUUUGUUCUCUCUCGCCCGGAGGUCCUCAAUACCUAUUAUGACAUGAUCUCAGCAAGAAUUCUGGAUACUGGUGUAAGUGUCAGGAAAAGAGUCAUCAAGAUUCUGAAGGACAUCUGCCUAGAGUGUCCGGACUUUGCCAAGAUACCAGAGAUUUGUGUUAAGAUGAUCCGGAGAAUCAACGAUGAGGAGGGCAUCAAAAAGCUGGUACAGGAGGUCUUCCAGAACAUGUGGUUCACACCAGUGAGGGAUCGGCCCCAUGUAGAUGAGGAAGCCCUGUUGAGGAAGGUGAACAACAUUACUGAGGUGGUGGUGGCCUGCAGGGACACCGGGCUGGACUGGUUUGAGCAACUGCUCCACAGUAUGUUCAAGCCCCGAGAAGACAAGGAUGAUGUGACCAAGGUAGUGAGUGAGCCCCCCAAGUCCCUGGUGACGGCGUGCAAGCAGAUUGUGGACUGCCUGGUGCGCCACAUUCUGGUGCUGGAGGAGGACGGACACAACAAUGCUGCCGGCCCACAGCCUCGCACCACCACGCAGCGUAUCCUGGCCUGCCACAAAACACUCUACCUGUUUGCCAAAAUCCGUCCCCAGCUCCUGGUGGAUCACGCGAUAACACUUCAGCCUUACCUCGCGUGGAGAUGCCAGACCCAGGUAGACUACAACAUGAUAGGUGUGGUGGCUCGCACCCUGGAGCUUGUGGUGCCCUUGAUGGAGCAUCCAAGUGAGACCUUCCUGGCCCAGCUUGAAGAGGACGCAGUGAAGUUGAUCUUGCAGCACGACCGCACCGUCAUAACAUCCUGCUUGGCACUUCUCGGCUCCAUAGUGAACACAGUCACAAAAAACUACCGCCUCAUCAAGGACUGUUUCAACAGGUAUCACACCUUCAUCGUAGACUAUAAGAGGUACAGUGAGGAGAAUCCACAAUGUCCCAAACUGGAAACCCACAAGCCACUCUUCCGAAGAUCUCUGUAUACCAUUGGACUGUUACUGAAGCAUUUCAACCUUAAGGAUGAAACAGUCAGGUGUGGCCUGCAGGAGGACAUCACUGACCAAGUGUUCGACACCCUCAUGUACUUCAUGGACCAGCCAGACAGCAACAUCCGCCACUACACCCUGCAGGCGCUGGGCUUCGUGUGCAUCCGUCACUACGAGCUGAUGAUGGGGACUCGCCUCAAGCAGCUCUACCACACCUUGCUGCUUGACCCGUCCGUCAACACCACCCUGCGCAUCCAAACCCUGCAGAACAUCGAAUCCUACUUGCAGGAGGAGGAAGUGCGCAUGAUCAAGCAGGACCAAGAGUGGGCUAAACAAAAAACUCGUGAAAACUUGAAGGAGAUGUGUGAUGUCCAGUCUGGCAUGGCGUCGGCAAUCAUUCAAGUUUACUUGAAGCAAGUACUGGAGUGUGUGGUGACCGGGUGCAUGGGGGUGCGGCACUCAGCACUGCGUGUGAUCCAGCUGGUGUUGGCACAGGGCCUGGUGCACCCCGUCCAGAUUGUGCCCUACUUGGUGUGCAUGUCUACUGACACGGAGGACAUGAUUGCUCAUUCAGCAGACAAGCAGCUGCAGGACAUAGAGAAGAAGUACCCGGGCUUCAUCGGGAUGAAGGCCAUGCAGGGGUUCCGGCUGUCCUAUCGUCUCCACUCUCUCAUCCAGCCAUCCAUGCCCACCAGGGGUUUCCGCACCAAGGAGGGGGAGCAUCCUGGUGCACUCAAUGGCUUCCUGUACUCCGUGAUGCGCUCCACCAAGCAGCACCGCAGGGCUGUGGCCUUCUCCCUCCUGAAGCAAUUUGAGGAACAGGCGAGAACCACUCUUGCUGAGCUGCUGUUCAUCUCGGACAACCUGGCAUACUUCCCUUACCAGGUGUUGGACGAGCCACUCUUCAUCAUCCACCAUAUAGACAUCAUGAUAUCAGUCACAGGUGCCAACCUUCUCCAGUCUUUCAAAGAGUCUCUGCUGCCACCACCCAAUGCUGAGGUGAAGAUCAACCCUGAGACUGGCCAGCCAGAGUAUGUGGAUGACCUGGAAGACGAGGAGGACGUGGAGGUGUACCUGAGCCGCAUGCCCCCUAACUUGACGCCUCUGGUGGAGUGCAUCAAUGCCUCACAGGGCUGCCUCCUCCUCCUCAUGCUCAAAGAUUAUAUGAAGGAAAUUUAUGGCAUCACUGACGGGAAGAUUGGCCAGUACUCGCCGUCAGACACCUCCAAGCAGUAUGAGAAGAGCUGCUCCAAGAAGAGCUCAGCAAAGUUUAACCCCAAGCCAAUCCUGAAGAGACUGAAGGAGGAGCCUGAGCAGGACUUGAACAACCUUGAGGACAUCAGACCAAAGAUUGACCUCAUCAACCAGUACCUCAAUUUUAAAGCCCUCAUGCUGAAGAUAGAUCCAGAUGAUGAUGAUGACUCAGAUUCUGAAGUGAAGAAGCCAUUCCAGAACGAUGCCCACUCCUCCAUGCCCAACACACGCAACCUUCGAGGCAACCAGCAUGCAACGGAUGUCCCCUGCCUGCCUGGCACCCACGAUGGAUGGAAGGACCAACCCAAGGGGACGGAGAUGAACUCGGCAGUGGCCCUCAAUGCCAUUGGCCCCGUCACUGGGGAGCUCCUGCCACCGACCAAUGCAGCACCACAGCCGCCGCCACCGCCGCCGCAGCAGCACCAGUCCCCCAUCAAGCCCAUCACCAUCCGGACCUCGCAGGUGGUGCCACCUCGGGAACACCGCUCCUCCCACCAUCAUCACCACCACCAUCACCACCACCACCACCGCUCCUCUUCCCACAAAUCUUCCAGCCACAAAAAGCACAAGAAGAAAAAGAGGAGAAGGAGAACGAGCGACUCCGAGGAUGAUGAGAGCGACUACAGUGACCCAGAUUUCCUCGUAUAGUAGUGACUCGAGUCUGUGGUGGCCCGCUGCGGGUGGCCAAGUGGCCAGCAUGGCGGACAGGACCUGAGAGUGUGCCACGGCCGCCGCUGCCGCCGCUGGGUUUGUGUGUGAGUUGCGUGUGAGUGUGUUCGCGUGUGUGUGUGGAGCUCGGAGGAAAGCGUAGAUAAAUUUGAUCCUUAGUGAUGCUGAAGUGACCUUUAUACAAAAGAAAGUUUUAAUAAGAAUACAAGAGGAAUGAGAAUAGAUAUUUUUUAUUCCAAGCAAUACUAUAGGUAAGGGAGUUAUUUUGCAUUAAUGACUGCACAGAUGCAACUUCUCUAUUGCAAUACCUCUGAUGAAGUACGGUGGCAACUAUUAUUGGACUGACUGGAAUCGGACAUGGGGUUUCUCGGUACCACAGGAACGAGGUGGUGUGGCGAUGACGACGAGAAGGUUACAAAGUACAACCAGUUUUGUACCAGAACAUUGGUCGGCCGGCAGCGUUUUGCACGCCGAGGAAGACAACGCCCAUGCGAUGGUAAUGAGUCGGCGAGAAUAUAUUUAUUAUUUAUUGUACAGUACAUUUUCACCACCAAUAGUUUCUUUUCUAUUUAUUGAGGAAGCAGAAGAGAGCAGAGCAGAGCAGAGCAGAGCAGAGCCCCCCAUCCCCCGGCACUGGUUGUGAGAGUCAGUGUUGCCAGUGUAGACGUACUCACACCAUGGAGGCUCCUUUUUACUAGUUCAUAUGUAUAUGUAUUUAUGACAUAUAUAUAUAUAUAUAUAUAUAUAUAUAUAUGUAUAUUAUAUAUAUAUAUAUAUAUAUAUAUAUAUAUAUAUAUAUAUAUAUAUAUAUAUAUAUAUAUAUAUAUAUAUAUAUAUAUAUAUAUAUUAUACAUUUUAGUUUUUUUCGUGGAAAGGAAAGGAUUUAUCUUGACCAUUGACCAGUUUUUAAACUUUUACUGAGUAUUGAUUUUGACAGUGCAAUUUUGUAAGAAAUUUUGAAGGACCAGACGAUUGAGGACAUGUUUGCUAGGUUUAGCCCAUCUUUUCUCAGUUUGUGCACAAAUGUUCAAUAUUUGAACUAUACUUGAUUAUGCAAAGUUUUUACAAUUCACCAAAAGUGGGAGGUUCAGAAUGUUUAAUUUGCCUUUGUGAUAUCAGCUCCUCUUAUACACAUUUUCCUGCCAAAUACAAGCUACGUGACUACUGUCAAGGGGAAUACAACAGUGCAUGGGCACCUUAUUAUUAUAACAAAAGUCCAAAGGAGUCAGUUUAUCAUUAAUGUGAAUAGUGUGUGACCACUAAUGAUGUAAGUAUGUGUUCCAUAAUAUUGGUCUAUUUUUACCUGACUGUAGUGGCGUCACACAGAGUUUAGUUUAUAGACUAGACAAAAGUGUAGUAAUGGUCUGUAUAUCUGCGACUUGCAAGUGGACUUGUUUUUUAUCAGAUAAAAAUGGUACAUAAUUGUAUGUAUACUUGUGAAUAGCAAAGUUUACCUAAUAUGGUUUCAGCAAAGACAACUUUUCCUCAUUACUUAUUUUUUAUAGAAAACAUGGCAGAGUCUGAGCUGUUUUCUUUUUUAUACCAAUGGAAAAAAGUGGAAAAAUUUGUAUUGCCUUUUGCGAUAUUUCUUGUACAGAAUGAGUCAACAGCGCAGACUCGUGCCCGACCCACCCUCGAGUUUUGUAGUAGAUUGUGUUUUGUCCAUUACUUUGAUUCAUAACCCAAAUUAAUUAUUUCCUCUCAUCACACGAGUGGAGGGGGAGGGAGGGCUUUCCCCACCAAUUACCACCACCACCACCACCGUCACCGUCACUUUCACCGUCACCGUCACCGUCUUUUCGUCCCCCAGUCCUCGCUGUACAAGGCAAGACCCUCCAUGAGGAACUCGCUCGCCGGCCAGUGACUGACACACACACACACACACACACACACACACACACACACACACACACACACACACACACACACACACACACACACACACACACCCACACCCACACCCACACACACACACACAUUGCUAUGGGUGAUGGAGUUACCCACAUCACUCUCAGCCACACAUAUCAAAACAGGUACUCUUGCUGCUGCUGAUGCCUCAGUAUAGACUACUACCUUGUUCGGCUCAUCGCCAGCCUCCUCUCAUCCUUCCCCACACGGUACGCUCGCAUCCGCCUCGGUUCGCUCAUCACACUGGGUACAAGCAGGAGCGUGGAACUUAUUAUUAUUAUCAUUAUUAAUAUUAUUAUAUUAUUAUUUUUAUGUUCUCGAUAAUAAUACCACCAGCCUGUAAGUCCCACGUACUGAUGGCGUUGGUAUAGCGAUUUAAGCCCGGCCCCGCCCCGCCCCGCCCCGCCACUCCUCAUCAUCUUGAACCAAUGUCAGACACAAAGGAGUUCCAUUAGAAACAUUAAAUGAUCAGCAACAGG